CUGGACACUCCCUUGACAUCUUUACACAAUGCUGGUCUAAGCCAUGGCACACAGUCAACCCACGUUCCGACUCGUAUGACUGUCUUCCGUCACCACUGCAAACACCCUACUGCCACCUCGCGGUUCACGGCCGACCCCUUUCGAGUUCCCUAUCCUAUCACACCCCGUCCUGCCGACCGAAUCCGAUGAUUACAGGACUUGCUCAGGAGCAGCAACCGAUCGGCCAUUGCGCGCAGGAGGCAGGCCAGGAGGGAAGGCUGUUGCCUGUCCACCAACGCGACAAACAUCCAUAAAGAUUCUUCACUCGGGCUACAAAGCCGGUUGUCCGCUCUAUGCAGACUUCAACGCGGAAUACAGAUACGGGCGCGAGCUUCGCAGCCCGCAGAGGGCAUCUUCCACAAUUGUCCAUUAGCGAUGAAAACCAUCAUGUCACCGAGACCAUCGGAUACCUCUACGAUGACGACCUCGAUCAAGACUCUCAUAAUCACUACCUCUAUUCGAAUCAACACGACAACUUCAACCCCCAAGCCCUGACGAACGGUGUACGUACCGAGGGAAACAGAACCCUGAGAAGAACAUCCGUACCCCGGAAGCAGCUGCCAGGCGGAGCCACCACAAAUGAAAAUGGUGUCGCACGCCCGAACGGGCUCUCACGGGGACCUUCUACCCAUAAUCAGGCAUGGGACCGCAAUCGUUCGUCUCCCUCCCCACCAGCGGGUUCAAGAGAACGGUCGCCGUCCGAUACCGCCACUUCUUCUUUUCCCUUGAACGAUAUCGACUACGAGUCGAGUCCGGCCGGUUUGGCGCAAGAGUUGAGUAAUUUACAAGCUUUAAGGAGGAUGUCAAUGAGUGUUGGCGCAACUGACGACCCUGACUUACCACAAAUCAACGCAGCUGGUAUGCCAAAUGCGCCGACGCCCGACUCGAGUGAAGAUGAUUCCUCGCGUUUAUUUUGGGUCCCAGCCCGUUUGCACCCGGAACUGGCGCCGAAAGAAUUCAAGACAUUUCUUGAGGGCAAGGCUGAACAAAUACGUCGACGAUCAGGCGAGUUGUCCGCAUUUACUUCACCCUCAUCCUCAAGAUCAAGCUCGUUGAGCGCCGAAGGCGGGAACUCUAGUCUGCGCCGCAAGAAAUCAAUGUUGUCGCGGCAAAUAAAUAGUUCUGUGGGCUAUCAAGAUGGAGCAGAACGAUUAGAACGAAAGAAAUCGCAAUCACGAAGAACAGCACCUCAAGAUCCGAACUUGCACGAACUCGAGACCCUGGUCGCCAAUACUGUAGGCUUGUCGAAGGUUGACCUGGACACGCCGAAGGAGGACGAGACCGGCGAUAUCAUACUGCCAUCGGUUCCCGGCUCUAGCCUUAAGAGGUCGACCAGGACAACGUACAGACGUGGUGGUAGUGUCAAGGGAAGAGGAGCCGAUCGCAGUACUUAUGCGCAAAGGGCGGCCAGGAGAGCUACUGCGGAGAGUCCGUCAGGAAGCAGGCCUGACUCUCCCGAGUCCGCCGUACCUGCGAUCCCUCCCAUUCCAAGUUUUGCCUCUGUGGAUGUCUCCAAUUUGGCUCAGACGUUGAAAGAUCCUUCGAGCUCGACACCGCUAUCAAAGAGCUCUGCUAUGAACUUCUCAAGACCGGCUGGUCGCGAUUUGUCAUCAUUGGCCAGUCUGAGCUCAUCUGUACCAUCGGCUUUCGAUUCCGUCCUCGGUGACGACGAUCCUGCCAGACGACCAAGCACAUCGAGUAUGCCAGAAAUCCAAAGACCGCCUCCGGCACCCAAAUCUCCCCCUCCAAUCAGUGCUCCUUACGAACGGAAACCGGUGCCGCAGAUCGUGGAGGUGCCUCCGCCUGAAGAGCCCCGACUGCCUGCUCAGCCGCAUCGUUCAUCCUCGAUGCAGUCAGCACCACCUGCAACACAACCACCAGUCAGGCACCCCGAAAGGGUAUCGUCCCGGGAGGACAAGGCUAGGAACAUCUCGCCUCAAAGGCCACCCAUGCCGAGCAAAGGCUCUCUGCCGAAUAUAACGGGACGACCGCCCCCAGUCGGAAAUUCCAUGCCGCCACAAACGAGGCCAACCCAAAGUCUCGAGCAACCUUCGCCUCUUCCCGGCAAUGACACCAAUACCAGCAACUUGUCGUUUAUUCCGACACUCACGGUCGACAAGCGCGCUGACAACAAGAAGAAGGAGGAGAAAAAGUCAUCAUGGGGUUGGCUGCUCGGCAAAGAGGAUGGUGAGAAGGACAAAGGUGAAAAGCCAAAGGCCAAGAUCGCCAAGCCACCUCAACAACAUGAUAGCACCCGACUCGAUGUGCUUCAAACAUCCAUCGACGGCAGCAGCAAAGGCCGUGAGAGUAUCGUUCUGGAUCGUGACAACCUCAAGCUCGAGGAAGAGCGGAAGAAAGAAAGCCAGCGAAAGUCGUCUGGCAGUGACACGAAAAAAGAGAAAGAAAGUUUUCUCUCUUCCAUCUUUGGUGGAAAGAAAGCCAAAGGGGAGAAGGAAAGCAGUUCGAAGAAGUACCGCGAGCGUGGCUUGUCGCCUGAACCACCAUAUCGAGAACUAAAAGCCGACAUCGACUAUAACUGGACCCGGUUUUCGAUAUUGGAAGAGCGGGCCAUCUACCGCAUGGCACAUAUCAAACUUGCCAAUCCUCGUCGAGCAUUAUAUUCGCAGGUGUUGUUGAGUAAUUUCAUGUACAGUUAUUUGGCCAAGGUUCAACAGAUGCACCCGCAAAUGAAUCUACCCACGAGCGCCAAGCAACAAAGGAAACAACCACCCAAAGACCAGCAGCCAGAUGAGUUUACUCAAUAUCAGCGGUAUCAACAGCAGCAAGCACAACAGCAGUCCCUUGAGCAACCAACAAAAAAUGGUUCUCAACAGGAUAUGAGCGAUACAUCUGCAUAUGAACAUGACAGCGGCUCUGAUCUACGACCCAUUUCGCGAGGCAGCAAAAGCUCGGUGGAAGGUAAUGGAUCAUCAUCUGCCCGUGGCGGGUACCAUCAGUACCAUUCUCCUCCUCCUCAACAACAACAGCAGCAGCAGCAGCAGGGCCAAUAUGGAUCUCAGCUGGAUGACGAUGACGAUGAUAUGUGGUAAUACUUACUCUUGUAAGAUUCUAUGAAGAGACAUUUUUUUUGCGAAUUUUUGGCCUCUGAUUGGAGGCGAGCCUCCUGAAUUGGUCCGUAAAGGAAGCGAGCUACAUACAAUUCUCUUUUGUUAUUUUCUAGCAUAGCGAGUGGAUGGAGUGGAAUAUCAUUCAUGGCCUCUAAAGGAGGGAUCAUUGGGAGAUAUGUGGUAAAUGAAUAUAUUGGCCAUAGUGCCGCCCUCAUCGCA